CGGUGGUUCUUUUCUUUCGUCAAAUAGUAGGACGCGAAUCAACGAAAUUGAAAUAAAAAGUACCUAGGAGUUCUACAAUUACCGUGUCGUGGUGCUUCACGAUCUUGUGUUUGUGUAGCCCAAAACGGAAAUAAAAUGGCGUUAUACUGUGCAAUAUCGAAUGAGGUGCCUGAGGUCCCGGUGGUUUCUCCGUCGUCGGGCUCCGUGUUCGAGAAGCGCAUCAUCGAGAAGUACAUCAUAGAAAAUGGUGUCGAUCCCAUCAGUGGCAAGGAGCUGCGAGUUGAAGAUCUUAUUGAAAUCAAAACCCCUCCGAUUGUGAAACCAAAGCCUCCGAGUGCCACAUCUAUCCCGGCCACACUGAAGAGCAUGCAAGACGAGUGGGAUGCCCUCAUGCUGCAUGCCUUCACGCAGCGCCAGCAGCUGCAGACAGCUAGACAGGAGCUGUCUCACGCCCUGUACCAGCACGAUGCAGCUUGUCGUGUAAUAGCACGUCUUACCAAGGAGGUGACGGCGGCCCGAGAAGCCCUCGCCACGCUCAAGCCGCAGGCCGGCAUUGCUCAGCAACCUCAACACCCGGCGGAGGCAGCAGCACCAGGCGGCGGCGCCACCCCCGUGGGCAUGUCCGCGGAGGUGGUGGCGCGGCUGCAGGAGCGCGCUACAGCGCUGACGCAGGAGCGCAAGCGGCGCGGCCGCACCGUGCCCGAGGGGCUCGUGGGGCCCGACCAGAUCCGAGCCUUCCUCACUGUGGCCAGCCAUCCUGGUCUCCACUCGGCCAGUGUACCAGGUAUCCUGGCCCUGGACAUCAACCCGACGGAUCACAGUCGCAUCCUGACGGGCGGAAACGAUCGCAACGCCACCGUCUUCAACAAGGACACCGAGCAAGUGGUGGCCAUCCUCAAGGGACACACCAAGAAGGUCACUCGGGUGAUCUACCAUCCCGACGAAGACACCGUUAUUACGGCCUCGCCUGAUCACACUAUCCGUGUAUGGAAUGUGCCGACAUCUCAGACAACGGUGAUCCUGCGCUCUCACGACGGCCCCGUGACCGGUCUCUCCCUGCAUCCCACCGGCGACUACGUGCUGUCCACCUCCACGGACCAGCACUGGGCCUUCUCCGACAUACGCACCGGCGCGUUGCUCACCAAGGUGGGUGACUCCUCCGGCGUCAGCCUAACCACAGCCCAGUUCCAUCCUGACGGCCUUAUCUUCGGCACCGGCACAGAGAACUCCCAAGUCAAGAUCUGGGACCUGAAGGAGCAGAGCAACGUGGCCAACUUCCCCGGCCACGUCGGCCCGGUCACCUCCAUCUCCUUCUCCGAGAACGGUUACUACUUGGCCACCGCCGCUGAAGACGCUUGCGUUAAACUAUGGGAUUUGCGUAAGCUUAAGAACUUUAAAACUAUACAGCUGGAUGAAGGCUAUGCUAUUAAGGAGUUAUGCUUUGACCAGAGUGGAACUUACCUGGCGGUUGCCGGGUCGGAUGUGCGCGUGUACUUGUGUAGGCAGUGGCAGGAGCUGAAGGUGUUUAAUGAGCACACGGCGGCGGCGACGGGAGUCCGGUUUGGUCGGCACGCGCAGUGUCUGGCGUCCACUAGUAUGGAUCGUACGCUUAAGUUGUAUGGUAUUGAGUAAGUUUAUUGUGGUAAAAUUUAGUAGGGUAUUGUUUAGCAUUGAAGAUUACAGUUGGCGCCAAGUUUUUAUAGGAUAGCUACAAGUAAUUGUUGGAAAUAAGUAAAUUUAAGCUCGAUUGGCUAGUAUACUACUCAGUCUAUCAGAUUUUUUUACUAAAAUGCGACAGCUCCGAGAAUACUAUUAUUAUUACUGUAACAGGACAGCGAGAGGGUUUAUACGCGCCUAUUUUCCUCUCCAUCCAAAUUAAAUGGUAUUCGUUCUGUGUAAAGAAGUAGGUAAUGAGUGGCCACUUAGAAUAAGAUUUAUUUAGUUUAGGAUUUAUUUCCAAAUCCUUAACAUUGAUGUCAUGGAUGUCAAAUUGUUGACCAGUCGGUAUAUUUGGGUAACUCUUAUUUUUAUAUUAUGUUAGAGUUUAAAUUAUUUUGUAAAGCCAACUUAACUACACAUUAUAAAACAAAGUCCCCUGUCGCGUCAGUCUGUCUGUGUGCAUGUUCGCGAUAAGCUCAAAAACUACUGAACGGAUUUUCAAGCGGUUUUCAGCAAUUAAUAGUGAUUCUUGAGGAAGGUUUAGGUAUAUAAUUUGUUAAGAUUUUGUGUAACCCGUGCGAAGCCGGGGCGGGUCGCUAGUCUUGAAAUAAAAUGCAACAUUGCAAGUUGACAUCAUAUUAUGUGUGUAUGUAUAAGCUAUCCAAUUUCGACUAUACUGCAAAACGUAAUUCAAGACCAAAAAAAGUAAGAAAAUGUUGCCACUUUUUACUAGUGUCUUGUAUUUAUGUACUUUUUUUUAAUUGUAGGAGUAAAAUUACUAAUAAAUAAAUUAUCUUUUAUUUAUCAAAAGGAAUUUACUAUUUUACAAACAAAUGAUUGCAGUGGCAACAUUGCCUUACUUUUUUUGGUCUUGAAUUACGUUUUGCAGUUUAGAUAGUAAGAUGAUAGAUGAUAUUAUAAUAACAACCUAUUCUUGGGCAUCCUGGCAACUUUGACUGUGGAAAAUGCCACAUAUUGUAUAGCGCGAUGAAUAAGAGAGAAAUUAAAUUGAUGUAGAUAAAAAAAAUAAACGAAGUAUCAAGAAAAGGGGAUGAUUCUUAACUGCCACAACUAUUUUACUCACAUUCACUAAUGCGAAUGAACAUCCUUAUUAGAAUGACUGUAAGGUCUAUCUAAAAAUCUAAUCUAAUUUCAAGUAUUUGACUUGAUUUUCUUGAUAGCUUAAGUAUGAAAGUAUGCGAAAUUAAUAGUUGUGUGUUUGAAAUUAUUAGCCAUUCUUAGGAAAGUGUUGAUCAAUUCCUUAAAUGUUAUAAAUAUUAAUAUAAUUUUCACAGUCCAACUGUUAAUUUCUUUACUCUGUCCUUGAAAAUAAAUAUAUUAAUUUCCAACAA